UUUUUUCUCCCCAGAUUUCUAUAAGAGUCCCAAUAUAUCUCAAAGCUCGUACAUUCACUGUCUUUAAUUCUCACUCCUCUCUCUCUCCUCUGUUCUAAUUCUCUCCGACCACAACAAACACUUUGCUCAGCUUCUGCUGCUCCAAUGGCGGCUCUUUCGACAUGGAUUUUAGCUAUGAUGUGCCUAUUCUUCUUCGCCGGAGCAAUGGAGAACAGUACAGACGACAAAAUCUCAUCUCUUUCUAGAUCGGACGAAGUCGAAUGGAACAAACACGCAGUGACGAAUCCAGAUGAUGUGGCGGACGAAGUUCUCGCCUUGGUUGAAAUGAGUGUAAGAAACCAUACCGAGAGGAGGAAGCUGGGCUACUUUACUUGCGGAACAGGCAACCCAAUCGAUGAUUGUUGGCGAUGCGAUCGCAACUGGCACAAGAACCGCAAACGCCUAGCGGAUUGCGGAAUCGGAUUUGGAAGAAACGCGAUCGGUGGUCGUGACGGGCGUUUCUACGUAGUCACUGACCCUAGAGACGACAAUCCGGUCAAUCCUAGACCGGGGACGUUACGUCACGCCGUUAUCCAAGACCGACCACUAUGGAUCGUUUUCAAACGUGAUAUGGUUAUGUUGCUCGGACAUAGUGAUUCUUACAUGAGGGAUAAAGCUAUGCAAGUUACCAUUGCUUAUAACCAUUUUGGGGUCGGACUUAUUCAAAGAAUGCCGAGGUGUCGACACGGGUAUUUCCAUGUCGUGAACAAUGACUACACUCACUGGGAGAUGUACGCGAUCGGUGGAAGCGCAAACCCGACAAUCAACAGUCAAGGAAACCGCUACGCCGCUCCGAAAAAUCCAUUUGCCAAAGAGGUGACGAAGAGAGUGGACACACCGGCCAGUCAUUGGAGAGGAUGGAAUUGGAGAUCGGAAGGAGAUUUGCUUCAGAACGGAGCUUACUUCACUUCUUCAGGAGCCGCCGCGUCCGGUAGCUACGCACGUGCUUCUAGCCUCGCCGCUAAAUCUUCUUCAUUGGUCGCAACCAUUACUUCCGACGCCGGAGCUCUACCUUGUCGCAGAGGACGCCAAUGUUCCUCAUAGUUGUUUUUUAACCUCCUCCCACCACCAUUGCCACCAAAAUUCAAAACCAUCUUCCUUUAUAUUCAGACGAAAGUGUACAUUUUCACACAUUUGUCAUUUAAAAGCCAAUUAUCUUUCUUUUUUUUGGGUGUGUUUGUGUCGAUUUUUCUCAACCUCGGGUUUGCUUGCGUCAGUCGCAAGUUGACACAAGAAAAGGGGAAGAACCCAACCUUUCAUGUAAAAGAGAAGCUCCCGAAGUGUUGUUGGUUCUGUCUGAUCAACUCAGAUUGUUAUUCCUCCUCUCACUGUCAUCUACCAAGAAAAAAAAACAAGAAUAUUAUGUUCUGUUCUUUGUAUUUUUUGUAUUUCUUGAGGUUUAUAAUUUAAUAUAGAGUCUAAAUGAUUUGUGAAUCGUUCUACUUUUUCUUAUUAUUGUUUUUUUUUUGGUUGGCUGGAUUUGUUAGCUUUAUUUCCCCAUGUGGUUGUAACUUGUCAUGAUUGUACUUUUUAGCUUUUAUAGCAAGCAACCAAUAGUAAUUGGGAGGUUCUAUAAAAAAAA